ACGUCCAGAGAACCGUGAUAACAUUUGAUAAGAGAAGUGGAUAACAGUUUCCGUGCGACUGCUGGUCUCUGGCAUCCUAUUAGUGCAUGUCAGGGACUAGGACAGCUCACUAUGUUAUGGUUACUCUUGUUCAGUGUUCGUGUGAUAGUCGCUGAUGUUCCUGGCGUUUGUUUUGUCAAUAUCAUGGUUACCAAUCAACGAUAUGUAAUAGAUAGAGAGACAUUAAUCUGGAGAAAUGAGACGUACACAGUGCCUGUGAAACGAGCACAAUGCUGCGACGGCUACAGACGAGUGGGGGCUCUGCCCAUUAGGUGUAAGCCUGUAUGCGAACCACCCUGCAUCAACUCCGUGUGUGAGGAGCCCGAUACCUGCGUCUGUCUGCCGGGCCAUCAACUGAUCAACAACAGCAACAGCACGUGUUAUGACGUGUGCGAAGCUUGCGUCAACAGCCAAUGUCUCGGGGACACGGGGGUGGAGUGCGUGUGUGAGGAAGGUUACGAACGGGAUGACACGAUACCCCACAUCUGUAACGCGAAAUGUUCCCCUCCUUGCUCCAACGGAGUGUGCAAAGCUCCUGACCAGUGCGAGUGUUUUCAAGGCUUCACCGAAACCUCUGAUCCCCACGUUUGCGCACCGAAUUGCACAGAGGCUUGUCUCUUUGGAAGUUGCACCGCUCCGGAUACUUGCACUUGCUUUGAUGGCUUCAUGAAUGACGAGUCAAAUCCGAACUUUUGUAUUCCUGUGUGUGACCAGCCUUGCCGGAACGGAGUAUGUGUGUCUCCGAACGAAUGUUUAUGUAACGGCGGUUAUGAGCUACACCCGAAAAAUCGUUUUCACUGCGUUCGGAAGGCACCGGAAAAGUACUACUUAAAAUUCUGCGAAUUCAAUUUGAAAGCAGCUAUCAGAUUUGAUGGAAACUAUGAAUGCUUCCUGAUCAAGGACGAAAUAAGGAUCACCAGAGACGGGAAAUGUCGACCUCUGAAAUUCCCUUCCCCAUCGGGUUGCAGCCGAUCCGAUUCUUGUGGCUCUGAAGACUGUGUCAGCAAUUUCCGCUGUAAUACGAUAAAUUUGGGAAACGGUUCUGUCGAAAUACAUUGCGAUUUGGAAACCGAAGGAUUUGAAACGGAAUCAGCUCAAGGCGUUGUAAUAGAUGGGUCAGAAUGGGUCGACGUGGUACUCGUUACCAACUUUUUUGUGCCAAACAACUCCACAACGGAUGACGCAGAUCACGAAACCCGAGAGUUGGUCUUACGGCCUUUGAAUGGGGGACCAGUGUGCGGGCCAAUGCACUAUGGAGUGAAGAUUUGUGAAAGGGACGGCUCCCAACUCAACUUAUUUACUAUGACUCGGAUCAACAUAGCACUCGCAGUAAUCUUCUUGUUACUGGUUGGGGCAGGGACCGGAGGGUUCUUGUGGUUGAGAUAUCGGAAGCAGCAUGAUCCACUGAAUUAUAGAGAAGACAACAUGAGAGGCUGUUACCAAAACCAGAGCUUCUUAGAUCAAGUGGGGGAGCUAGUACCAGACGACGAGUCCCACCAGGAGUUUGCUCUCCUUUGACGGAGUCUGUCAUUUUGUACCAAUCAGAGAUUUCGUCGUUUGUUCCUCAUUUUGAAAUAAACUGAACUUACAUGCCAACAA